UGCACCAAAGUGUCAACAUUUUCCGUACAUCACAGAGCCUCAUUUGCCGAAGAGGUCUCAUGUAUAUGAUGUAGCAGUGAUAUUUAGGCAUUCUAACCCCAAACCCAUCUGCCAGUCAUCUCUACCAUUUCACAGAGUACUGAGCGACCCACCACCGCCUCAUGAUACCCAAAAAAGAUUCUAUAAGAAUACACUGUCAGUAGUGAGCUUGGUUAGUUCUCUCAAGCUUGGCCUUUGGAGACUCCUUUGAGGGUGGGUGUUGAGCACUAAACUAACCACUGGGUCACUGACUGUCAAGUGCUGAAAUCUGUGGAAAUGUCAAUACCCAAUUCAGACAUGUCUCAGAAUGGAAAUAUAAGGCAUGUUGAUGCCUUAUGUAGUGUGGCAGAAAUUGAAGAAAUUGAUUUUUCAAAGUUGUUAGACCGACCAAGCUUUCUGAAUAUGGAGAGAAAAAGAUCAUUUGAUGAAAGGUCACUCAGUGAACUAUCUGUUGCGUUGUCCCCGCGUCACUCAUCAAGAAAUGCUGAUAACUCCUCCAGAUUUUUUGACCAUCCUGAAUAUGUAUUUUCGCCCAGUAGAACGUCAUUCAUUGGCACCCCUAGGUCACUGACUGGCUUUGAGCCACAUCCAAUGGUUGCUGAAGCCUGGGAAACUUUGAGGCGUUCGUUGGUGUUUUUCCGUGGUCAGCCAGUUGGGACAAUUGCUGCAACAGAUACCUCUGAAGAAAAACUUAACUAUGAUCAGGUGUUUGUCAGAGACUUUGUCCCUAGUGGAUUGGCUUUUUUGAUGAAUGGUGAACCUGAAAUAGUUAAAAAUUUUAUCUUGAAGACUCUGCGUCUUCAGUCAUGGGAGAAAAAGAUUGAUAGGUUCCAUCUUGGAGAAGGAGUAAUGCCAGCUAGUUUCAAAGUACUCCAUGAUCCAGUCAGGAACAGUGAGACUUUAAUAGCAGAUUUUGGCGAGAGUGCGAUAGGAAGAGUUGCUCCUGUUGAUUCUGGAUUUUGGUGGAUCAUAUUGCUUCGAGCAUACACAAAAUCCACUGGAGACUCUUCAUUGGCGGAACUUCCUGAAUGCCAGAAGGGUAUGCGGCUUAUUCUAAGUUUAUGUCUAACGGAGGGGUUCGACACAUUUCCAACCCUUCUUUGUGCUGAUGGAUGCUGCAUGAUUGAUCGUAGAAUGGGUGUCUAUGGGUACCCCAUCGAAAUUCAGGCUCUUUUCUUCAUGGCUUUAAGAUGUGCUUUGCUGUUGCUUAAGCAAGAUGAUGAGGGGAAGGAGUUUGUAGAGCGCAUAGUAAAACGCCUUCAUGCCUUGAGCUAUCACAUGAGAAGUUACUUUUGGCUAGACUUUAAGCAGUUAAAUGACAUAUAUCGAUAUAAAACUGAAGAGUACUCACAUACAGCGGUCAACAAGUUCAAUGUGAUACCAGAUUCUCUUCCAGACUGGGUCUUUGAUUUUAUGCCAACUCGUGGUGGUUACUUUAUUGGGAAUGUCAGUCCCGCCAGAAUGGAUUUCCGUUGGUUUUGCUUGGGUAAUUGUAUAGCAAUUCUUUCAUCGUUGGCAACCCCCGAACAAUCCAUGGCAAUAAUGGAUCUCAUAGAAUCACGAUGGGAAGAAUUGGCAGGAGAAAUGCCACUAAAGGUUUGUUAUCCAGCUAUAGAAAGUCAUCAAUGGCGGAUUGUAACAGGCUGCGACCCAAAAAAUACGAGAUGGAGCUACCACAACGGAGGGUCUUGGCCAGUGCUGUUAUGGCUUCUCACUGCUGCAUGCAUCAAGACUGGGCGGCCCCAGAUUGCUAGACGUGCCAUUGAACUUGCUGAGAGCAGGUUGCUGAAAGACAAUUGGCCUGAAUACUAUGAUGGGAAACUUGGUCGUUACGUUGGGAAGCAGGCCCGAAAAUUCCAGACCUGGUCAGUUGCGGGGUACUUGGUAGCAAAGAUGAUGUUGGAAGAUCCGUCUCAUUUGGGUAUGAUAGCGCUCGAGGAAGACAGACAGAUGAAGCCGGUAAUGAAGAGAUCAAAUUCGUGGACUUGCUAAAUUUGAUUGGUCAACCUAUGACCUACUCGCCUGGUUUUGUGUUGGAGUUGUUACUGUUCAUUAGAAGUCUUUUGAGCACAAGUCAGCACCAAAAUGCCUUCAUUCAAAACUGCUGGGAAAGUAGGAAUUAUCUGGAUGCUACAUCAUGGAUGAAUUUAACACUCGGUCUCAUCGGAUAAAACCAAGUUGGACUGGAUUAUUGCCCAAAUUAGUUCCCCAGGAUUUCUUUGAGUUCUCAGAUCAUGUUCCCUGAAUGGGUUAAACCAAUAUACGUUCCUGAUAAAAUGUUGUACAUGUAGAAUUCCUCUUUCCUUUUCUUAUUGGACAUGCAGAAUUCCUCUUGAAAUAUGAUUCUAGACAAAACAAAACAA